AAGGAAAAAGAGGCGGGCCCUUUUCUGCGGGUGCACUAAUUCCGUCCGUUAGACCCAGCAGGCACCCUUCGGCUGAAGAGAGAGACGACGCUGUUGCAGAGAUGGAGGACACCGACAUGGACAGCAUGGGCUCCCUUCGGCCACAAACCUUCCUUUUCGGAUGUGAACUAAAAGGGGACAAGCCAUUUCAUUUCAAGGUUAAUGAUGAAGAAAAUGAACACCAGCUCUCUUUAAGAACGGUUAGUUUAGGAGCUGGUGCUAAAGAUGACUUGCAUGUUGUCGAAGCAGAAGCUUUGGAUUAUGAAGGCAACCAGAUCACAGUCACACUGGCAUCAUUGAAAAUGUCAGUUCAACCUACGGUUUCAUUAGGUGGGUUUGAAAUUACACCACCCGUCACCCUCAGAUUGAAGUGUGGCUCAGGGCCUGUUUAUGUGAGCGGCCAGCAUCUUGUAGCUUUAGAGGAAGAACCAGAAUCUGAAGAUGAAGAGGAUGAUAAGGUUCAACACAAUAUGGCAAAAAGACCUGCAGGUGUGACUUUGGCUAAAGUUCCUCAGAAAAAAGCAAAGCUGACUGAAGAUGAUGAUGAGGAUGAUGAGGAUGACGAAGAUGACGAUGAGGAUGAUGAUGAUGAAGAAGACGAUGAUGAUGAUAUGGAGGAAGACGAGGAGGAAGAAAAGACUCCAGUCAAAAAGCCUGCCCGAGAUUUGGCUGUGAAAAAGACACAAAAAUCAAACCAAAAUGGAAAAGAUUCUAAGCCGACAACUCCGAAGCAGAAAACUCCAGAAACCCAUAAAGAAAAGAAACCACAGACUCCAAAAACACCAAAAACAUUCACUUUGGAGGAAAUAAAAGCAAAAAUGCAGGCAGUUGUACAAAAGGGAACUGCUCUUCCUAAAGCAGAAGCCAAGUUUGCAAAUUAUGUUAAAAACUGCUACAGGACAGAAGACCAGAAGGUUAUUCAAGCACUCUGGCAAUGGAGGCAGACCCUGUAAGCAAGAAGUUAAAUGGUUCCUUUUGAGUUACAGUUCUGUGUGUUUAACCAUUCAUAUCUGGCUGUCCUUUUUAUAAAUGCUAAAGCUUCCCCUACUGCGUCUGAUUAAUGUUGUCCAGAAUGUUUUGCCAAGAAUGUGCUGUCCAAAAUGCCUGUUCCGUUUUUUUUUAAGACCAGGACGCCACCCUUUUCAUUUCAAAUAUGUAUGGAAUGUUUUGAUAAUGCAUAGUAGUGGUGGUCAGAAAAUGGAAACGGGAAACUAAAUGUAAAUGUGAAAAUAAAAUUUAGUAUUUUAAGUAGCUUUGCUUUUUUUAAAAACGGUGUUCAGGCUUUUUUUCUGUACCAGUUGUAGCAAACCAUACUUGUCUGGUAACCCAGGAUGUGAAAUUUCUUUUAAAACACCUUCUCUUCCACCCAGUUCGGUGCAUUUCUGUAUCUUUUAACCUCACCUGUUUCUAUUGCUUUCUAAUGCAUGAGUGUCAUCCAGUGGUUGUGUCCUCAGCCUGACUGAGUGCUGAUCAUUAUUGUCUUCCUUAAUAAGCUUUCAUCUGUUUGGUACCUGCCAAGGUUGACUCAGUUUUAGGAGUUGCUGGCUAAACCUUCCUGUAUUAAGGAGAAAUACAUUCUAGUGUUCAAUUAAAAUGGAGACGCAGGAGAACAUGUUUAUUGCCUAUGAAUAUAAUUUUGAUUAGAAAAGGCAACAUUUCCAUGCUUAGGUUACUUGGUUUGCUCAACAUAUUUUAAAACUUUGGAUGGAAUAAAAGCCCAUGAAUCAAUACAA